AAGGAGAGCGGGUUAGCGGCGUCCAGGGCACACGCACCCACAGCGUGGCGGAGCACUGCGCAGGGGGUGGACGUGCCUUAUCCUGACGUGCCUUCUGACAACUAUGCAAUUUAAAAAAACUAUAAAAAAUUAAACGGUUGUAGUCUAUAAUUCUGUCUUUAGCAAGCAUGUUAUUUGAAAUGAUUCUACACAAACGAGAAAAAUUACAGUUUCCUUUGUAACACACGUUUCACGUACAGUACACAAAUACAGAAACAAACAUUUUUUUUUUCCCUAAUCACUGGAUAUUAUCUAGGAGCAUAUAAUUUAGGAAUCAAACGAGACAUGUGAUCAUCGAGCAGGAUGACAUUGAGCAGGUCGAUAUAAAAAGUAUGCGGGAGACGAAGGUGGCAUCAGUGAGCGACAUGAGGUGUGUACUAGCGGUGCUGGCGCUGCUGGCGGCGGCGGCGGGCCCGGCCGCGGGCGCCGUCGAGAUGGACGAGGACAUGGCGGAGCUGGCCAAGAUGGUGCGGGACAACUGCGCAGCCGAGACCGACGUGGACGUGGCGCUCGUCGAGGCCGUCAACGGCGGCGCCCUGCUGUCGCCCGACGCCAAGCUUAAGUGCUACAUCAAGUGCACCAUGGAGACGGCCGGCAUGCUGGCCGACGGCGAAGUGGACGUGGACGCCGUGCUGGCGCUGCUGCCGCCCGCGCUCAGCGAGCGCAACGCGCCCUCGCUGCGAGCGUGCGGCACGCAGCGCGGCGCCGACCACUGCGACACCGCCUACCUCACCCAGGUCUGCUGGCAGAACGCCAACAAGGACGACUACUUUCUCAUUUAACCCCAGCUGAGGCUACCACACCACUCCUGGGGCUCAAAUACUACCAUUUGUUCCAGAAUAUCAUUUGCCUCUUCUAGAUUGUAAUGUUCUCUAGUUUAGUAAUCCCUAGUACACUAACAUAUCUAAAUUCACUAUGUUGAGGCAAAUACAAUUAUCUAUAUGUAACCCCUGUUAUUUGAAGAAAUAAAAUCUAGUGCAGUUUCCGUAUGUGCA